AUGCACUACCAAGCAGCUACUUCGUGGGGAAGCUACGUCACACCAAGGAAAAGCGGUGGUGGGAGAUCCAUUAGAACGCAUAGAGAGCUGGCGUCGGAAAAUGCGGUCGUCAUAUUCAGUGUCAGCACAUGCUGCAUGUGUCACGCCAUCAAGAGGCUCUUCUGUGGCAUGGGGGUGAACCCAACGGUGCAUGAGUUGGACGGGACCCCAGAGGCAAGGACUGGAACGUGCUUGAUGAGGUUACUAGUUCUACCUUCUGGUGUUCUGUCGGUCAUGGCGGCAAGUUGUCGAACAUGGCAGAGUAUGGCGUGCCACAUCAAUGCCACCAUUGUACAUCGUCUGAAAGAACAGCUGGUGCUCUAA